AUGAGAUAUGAUUGGUGGUGGGUUAAAGAUAAGAAGCGAAAAGGGAAAAGGGCAAAUGGUGGUGGUGGAGGCGGAAACGCAAUCUUAGCCACAGCAGGAGACCCUGAUAUUCUAAAAGAUUUUUCAGUGCCUCCAAGUCUUGAUCCUAGCACCAUAACAAGGCAAUAUUUCACUUUCACAGGCUUCAGGCCUCUCAGGAAUGCAAAUUUAACAGGAAAAACGACAGCUCUAAUAACCAAAGCGACAAUGAAAGAAUUUCCUGCCUUGGAAGGCCAAGGAGUUUCAGUUUCAUCAAUAAUAUACCCUCCUUCUGGAAUGAACCUUCCACAUAUUCAUCCAAGAGCAUCUGAGCUGCUAAUAGUACUUCUUGGGAGUUUAGAAGUUGGGUUUGUUGAUACGACAAAUAAGCUGUUUACACAAACACUUGUGGCUCCUGACAUGUUUAUUUUUCCAAAAGGACUGGUUCAUUUUCAGGUUAAUGUAAGAAGUGAUUCUCCUUCUAUUGCUCUUGGAGUUUUUGGUAGUGCUAGUGCUGGAACUGUUUCUUUGCCCAGUUCUUUAUUUGGAAGUGGAAUCAGAGCAGAAAUUCUUGCCAAGGCUUUUAAAACUGAUGAGGAGACCAUAAGCAAGCUAAUUGAGGCAAACAAGUAG